UGCCGAAAGUAAACGCCAGUCAACUUCGCCAAUUGUUUUGUUUUUAUUUUCAUGAUGGAUCGAUAGAUGAUCACCUUAAACGCUAAAAUCCCAUGAUUGAAUCUUGACGGAGAAUCAUGGAAGAUUUCCGUUUUCGUCGGUGUUUUUUCAUGAUUCUUUGUCCCCUGUUCAUCUCUGUUUUUCCGUUUUUGUCUGCGUACACUUUCCCUGAGAAAUACUUCAUCAACUGCGGCUCCAAUUCAAGCUCCCUGUUCGGCAACAGGACCUUCGUCUCCGACAAGAAAACCGCCGCCGGCGAAACUGUUUCCGACAGUGACCCCACCCCAGAAUCUAAUCUCUCUGCUAUUUACCAAACCGCAAGAAUUUUCAAGAAUCCCUCGUAUUAUGAGCUCGAAAUAGACCAAAUUGGUAUUUACGUGGUACGCCUCCAUUUCUAUCCUUUCUCUUCCUCGCAAAACAUCCUCAGCCUCGCCCGUUUUGACGUUGCCGUUUCCAAGGUUUUGGUUCUGUCCAAUUUCAGCGUCCCAAACAAAACCUCUGUUUUCAAAGAGUUCUUGGUUUCAGUCAAGGACAGCAAAUUCAGGGUCGAGUUCAAUCCUCAGGAAUCCUCUUUUGCCUUUAUUAAUGCAAUAGAAAUGUUUGUAGCGCCUGAGAAUUUCAUUCCAGGGUGGGCUUUAUCAGGAACCGGGGACAAUGUUUUCCAGGUGAUUCAUAGGAUUAAUGUUGGGGGCUCUGUAAUUCCUCCUGGGAAUGAUACUUUGAUGAGAGAAUGGGUGGGUGAUGACAGGUUUUUGUUCUCUAAAGGCAUGGCUAAGAAUGUUACUCAGUAUAGCAAAAAGCCUAAUUAUUUUAAUGGAGGAGCUAGUGAGUAUGAUGCGCCUGAUUAUGUUUACCAGACGGCGAAAGAGGGGAGUACUACUGGUCAGAAUAGGGAUCAGAGGUUCAAUGUGACAUGGAGCUUUGAUGUGGAGGAAAAUGUUGGGCAUUUUGUGAGGCUGCAUUUCUGCAACAUCAUUAGUGAGGUGGAAAAUGGGACGGAGUUUAAUGUUUAUGUUAAUGGUGGAUUGAGUAGAUUGAUUCGCCUGCAGGAUUAUAACUCCUCUCCGGCUUCGCCUUUCUACUUUGAUUGUGAGGUUGAGUCGGAUGGGUCGGGGGUGAUGAAUAUCAGUGUUGGGGUGCUGGGGGAUGAUCUUAGCCCGGCUGCAUUUCUGAAUGGGGUGGAGAUUAUGCAGGUGAUUGAGAGGGAGGGGAAUUCGGGGGUGAAAAGAUGGGUUUUUGUAGUGAUUAGUGGGUGUUUGGUUGUGGUGGUUCUAGCUGGGAUCGUGCUGUUUUGUUGCUUGAAAUCGAGGAGGAGAAAACCCGGGGAGGGCGAUGGAGGGGGAACGGAGAUGACUAGUGUGUUCUGUAUGAGUCCUGAUAUGAACCUGGACCUAAGGGUUCCUCUAGUUGAAGUGAUUUUGGCUACAAAUAGCUUUGAUCCGAAGAACAUGAUAGGCGAAGGCGGGUUUGGGAAGGUCUACAAGGGGACAUUACAGAAUGGAGUGAAGGUUGCAGUGAAGAGAAGUGAGCCAGGACAUGGGCAAGGUCUGCAGGAGUUUCAUACCGAGAUAAUGGUGCUGUCGAGAAUUCGCCACCGACAUCUCGUGUCACUCAUAGGGUACUGCUCAGAACAGGAGGAAAUGAUUUUGGUUUAUGAGUUCAUGGAGAAAGGGACCUUAAGGGAUCAUCUGUAUAGCUUCAAGCCACAACAGCCAGGCUCGGGGAGAUCAUCCGGUUCAGUUUCUGUGCUGUCUUGGGACCAAAGGCUGGAGAUUUGCAUAGGUGCAGCUAAGGGUCUGCACUAUCUGCACACAGGGCUAGAUGGGCCGAUCAUUCAUAGGGACAUCAAGUCGGCCAACAUUCUUCUCGACGAGAAUUAUGUAGCCAAGGUUGCGGAUUUUGGGCUGUCGCGGUCAGGGCCUAACGAUUUCUCACAUAUAAGUACUGACGUUAAGGGCAGCUUCGGUUACUUGGAUCCCGAGUAUUUCAGGUCCCUACAGCUAACUCAGAAGUCCGAUGUGUACUCUUUCGGGGUGGUUCUUCUCGAGGCGCUUUGCGCUAGGCCGGCUGUGAACAAUAUGCUGGUAAGGGAGGAAGUGAAUUUGGCUGAUUGGGGGAUGUUUUGGCAGAAGAAAGGGGAGCUUGACAAGAUCAUUGAUCCUCUGCUAGUAGGGAAGAUUGACCCGAAUUCACUCAGGAAAUUUGGGGAAACUGUGGAGAAAUGUCUGCAGGAGUAUGGUGUUGACAGGCCUAAUAUGGUUGAUGUGGUGUGGGACUUGAAGUAUGCAUUGCAGCUUCAUCACAGCGCGAUGCGGCGCGAGCUGCAGCCUGAGGACGACAGCAGGACGGGUUACUCGUGGCAGCUGCCGCCCCCGGUUUUCCAUCGCUUUCCUUCCCACAUAAUGCCAAUAGACCGAGACGAGGAGUGUGAGCCCCUCACCGAUAGCCUUGGCAACAGCCAUUCCUCUCCCAGCGCGGUUUUCUCCCAGCUCAGAAUCAACGAUGCCCGGUGACCAUAUCCUUGAUCGACAACACAUCAUUCAGUUUGGUAUCAGAGUCUUGACAGCACAUCAUUCAGUUUGGUAUCAAAGCCUGUCUCGAGGGAACGUUUCCACAUGUAUACUCAAAAAUGUAGCCAUGUUUGGAUUGACCACCAGAAAAGCUGGUGGCUUUGUAGACAUUUAUUUCAUUUUUAUAAAAUCAUCUUUUUUUCA